GCAGCGCAAGAUGACCCAGUUUGGCGCUCUGGAGGAGGCCCUUGUGAGAGAGAAGGCCCAUGCCGAGGGGGUCAGGGAUGCAGCAGUGGCAGAGCGUGUGAAGCUGCAGAACACACCGCCGCUCCAACUCCAGCUGCAGGCGCAGCAGACGAUGGCAGCCGCUCAGAGGGCGGCAGCAGCCGCAGCAGCUGUGACCGCCUCUGCCCCCUUUGCCGGACUGGGCGGCCUGCCUGCCUCGUUUGGCUUGCAGACCCUCCAAGGCCUGGCGAAUCUCACCAGCCAGCCCUUAGGCAUGCACCUGCUGCAGGCCCAUCUGCAGGCGCAACCCCAGCUGCAGCCUCCACAGCAGCCGAUGCCUCAGCAGCAGCAUGUUCCUCAGCAAGGGACGCCCCAGCUGCAGUCAGGCCUCCAAAACUUGGUGCAGCAGCAGCUGCAGGUGCAGCAGCAGCAGCAAUCACAUGUGCCUCAGCAGCAGGUGUCUCAGCUUGCUGUACCCCAGCAAAUGCCCCAGCAGGAAACACCAUCCCAUGCACCACAGCAAGCAGUGCCGCAGCAGCAGUUUUCGCAGCAGCAAGCAAAUGCAGGGGUGUUGCCGCAUGCUCUGCCUCCGCAAGGUUGACAUGCUGGGCUCGUUUGCUGUGCUGAGAGGAGAGGAGGGAAAUUUGAAGUGGUGUUAGUCGCACAUGCAGACCAUUGCGUCAUGUAGCAUAUCAGGAUGGCAUGGGCAUGUAAGAUCUUGUGAAU